UCAUCUCAUAUCCCUCCUUGCUAAACAACCAACCAGUGUGGAAUUGCAGUGUGGUGGUUGGUUUUGGAGGGAAAGGCCAUGGCUUCUCUAGCAACCUUCGCCGUCGUCCACCCUACCGCCGUCAAGGGCCUCGCCGGAAGCUCCCUGGCCGGAACUAAGCUCCAUGUCAGGCCAUCCCGCCAGAGCUUCAGACCCUCCACCCAUAGAGCUGGUGCAGUGGUGGCCAAAUACGGGGAUAAGAGUGUGUACUUUGAUUUGGAGGAUUUGGGCAACACCACCGGGCAGUGGGACUUGUAUGGCUCUGAUGCUCCGUCGCCAUACAACUCCCUUCAGAGCAAAUUCUUUGAGACAUUUGCUGCUCCUUUCACCAAGAGAGGAUUAUUGCUCAAGUUCUUGAUAUUGGGAGGUGGUUCUGCUCUGGCUUAUGUUAGCGCCACUGCCUCACCAGAUCUCCUACCCAUUAAGAAGGGUCCCCAACUUCCGCCCAAGAUAGGACCACGCGGCAAGAUCUAAUUUCCUGUGACUUGUGUUCUUCGACCUUUUUAUUGUGUUCAAACUAUGUACUCUUUUCUCACUUGUAAGUAUGCUGAAAGCUAGCUUUGUCCUCUAUUAAUCAUUUGAAAAUACCUACUUCAGUGUUGAUUGGUUUAAUCGAUCACUUUGAUUA